AUGUUUCCAUUUCCAUUUCACAUUCAGAUCCCAUGUAUUCUUCAAGAAGAGUCAUUCAAUCAAAAUCAAUCACAAACGACCAGUUUAACCAUAUCAGCUGAAAUGAAAUUUUUACCGAAUGAUUCUUAUGAUCAUACUAAUACUACUAGUACUACUACUACUACUAAUAAUAAUAAAUCAAUGUUAAUGAUCCAUUCCACAGUAUCUUCAUCAUCGCCAUCCUCCUCCUCAUCUCCAUCAUUAUCAUUCAACAGGGCGAAAUCUUUAACGCCCACAUUUCACGAUGAUGCAAUUCGUAUCACUUUUAAUGAUUUCCUACAAAAUUCUCAUGAAUAUCAGAUAAAAGAGAUUGACAUGUUCAAUAAAUUGUAUCAAGCGGAUUCAUCGAAUAUUGUUAAUCAUAAUAACAAUAAUAAUGACAAUCAGUGUGUUGAAGAUACUGAUGACGAUAAUCCUGUCGGCGGUCAUCAUCAUCAUCAUGAUCGUAAUGAUCAUGAUGGCGAUGGCGAUGAGGAUGAUGGCGACGAGGAUAAUGUGGAACAAACUAAAGAUUAUCAUCCAACUGAACAUUCAACAGAACAAUCAUAUUCUCAAUUGAAUAUUUAUAAACAUUCAAUCAGUCAAUGUGAUUAUGAAAAUAAUGAUUGUGAUACAGUGUGUUUAAAUGAAAUCACUGGUAACAAUCCACAUCACCAACAGCGGCAUCAGCAUCAUCGUCAUUCUGAGCAUCAGGCGACUUUUUAUUCACCCACUCAUGACUCCACGGAUAUGAUGAUGCCAUUAAUGAAAAAAUCUCGACUUAGUUCAUUAACAGAUCAAACAAAUCCAUCUCAAUCACAUCAUAUAAAUGAGACAAUUACAUCUGUAUGUACGCCGAUUGUAACCACAACAGGACCACCACCAACAACAACAACCUCAAUAGACUUUGGAAUCACUACUGCCAUGUUAUCAAAUGAAAAUAAUCCCGCAAAAUUAUGUAGACAAGAAAAUGAAUUUCUCGUCAAUCAUAUCAAUGAUAAUCAAAUUCAUUUAGAAAAUAAUAUGAAUUAUAAAUUUACAGGAUUUCCACCUUGUUUUCAAUAUCCUCAUCAAUAUCAUAUAAAUUAUCAAAGUAGUAAUAAUAGUAAUAAUAAUUGUACCACCACUAUGGAUCAACAUUUAUCUUCUUAUCCCCUAAACAAUUUACAAUCCAAUCAUCAUGAUAAAAAUUACACAACAUGUCACAACAUGCCACCGUUACAAAAUUAUUUUCCUUCAUUUGCUUAUAAUAAUCGUUUUGCAUGUUAUCCUAAUGAUGGUAUACAUGAAAAAAUUAUUCAUGAUAAUAAUCAUUCAAAACUAACUGAUUCAUUUCAUUUAAACAAUGAACGCGGAGCGUUACAUCAUUCACUAUUGAAUCGAGACAAUAUUGUAGAAUAUUUGCAUAAAUCCAAUGGGAAUACAGCAGCAGUAUUAUCGAAUAAUAAUAAUAGUGGUUUACUGAUUGCACAUAGAAAUUCACCUCAUACUAAUAAUAAUAAUAGCGUUACAACUAGUGAAGAAAAGUUAUCGAACAAUCGACAUAUGAUACCUUCAUUGCAUCCACCGACUCUUACUACACCACUCAAUGGAAAUAAUCAUAAUAAUCCUAUGAUAUUUCCACCUGCAAUAACUAAUUUACCAGCAGUAAAUCAUACCAAUUCAUUGACAAUGUCAUCGUAUACAAGAAAUUCAAAUGAUUGUGAUGAUAAUUUGCCGAAAAUGAACAAUUUAAAUUGGACAUCGAACAAUAAUACAUUAUCUCAUUCUUAUAGAGGACAAACAGGGUAA